CUUUAAAGUAGAAACGUUUUGAAAUAGUUUUGCCAACUAGUUUUAUUCUGCGACGUCCCCAACUGGAUUGGAUACCUUUCAGCGAAGCCCAGCAGCUAAUUAUACAAACUAAACUAACUAACUAAACUUCGAGAAUCUUCUGCCGAACGAGUUCCGGUUCGAGUUGGCUAGUUGCCAAAAUGACGACCUACAUGAAGAUUGUCGAGGAGCGCAUCUCCGGCCUUUCGAAAGGCGUGGAUGAGACGGUGGACAGCUGGUUCCUGAUGAGCUCCCCAGCCCCCGUGUUCGCCGUGGUCCUGGUCUACCUGGCAUUCGUGCUGAAGAUCGGACCCGAGUACAUGAAGAACCGCAAGCCCAUGGACCUCAAGCGCAUCAUGGUCUUCUAUAAUGCCUUCCAGGUCUUGUACUCCAUUUGGAUGUGCCGCACGUCCAUCCAGGAGAGCAAUGUGAUGGCGUCGAUCUUCUCGAAGAAGUGCGAGAUCAACCGCACCAGGGAGCAGAACCUGACCCUAUACUCCGGCGCCUGGUUCUACUUCUUCUCGAAGAUCAUCGAUCUGCUGGACACGACGUUCUUUGUGCUGCGCAAGAAGGACAACCAGGUGUCGUUCCUGCACGUGUACCACCACACCAUCACGGUGCUCUUCUCCUGGGGCUACCUGAAGUACGCUCCCGGGGAGCAGGGCGUGAUCAUUGGCAUCCUCAACUCUGGCGUGCACAUCAUCAUGUACUUCUACUACAUGGUGGCCGCAAUGGGACCCCAGUACCAGAAGUACCUCUGGUGGAAGAAGUACAUGACCAGCAUCCAGCUGAUCCAGUUCGUCCUCAUCCUGGGCUACAUGCUGGCCGUCGGGGCCAAGGGAUGCAACAUGCCCAAGACGCUGACCUUCUUCUUCGUGGGCAACACGGUGAUCUUCCUGUACCUGUUCGGCAACUUCUACCGCAAGACCUACAAGAAGGCCAAGAGCCUGGACGCCAGCGGACGCCCCUCCUCCACCACCGGCAGCAGCCUGGCCAAGUCCGCUCUGCGGGCAGCCGGCGGCAUGGGUUGCAUGCCCCAGACCAUGAACGCCGGAAAGCAUAGCCUGCUGAACGCCCAGCCUGGAAAGGCCUACCUCGACCUGAACAACAACAGCGUGAAGCCGCUGAAGCUGGAGUGAUGGGAGCGGUAUCAUCCGGAGAGAUGCUACCAUUUCAGGGUUUCAGUUAGCAAUUACGUUUUUAGCGCGGGGCUUAGUUCGUAACUCUUACCUUUACCAUUUACGAUUUACCACUUACCACUUACCUUUUAUCUGAAGCCUGCAGUCUGGAGUCUGCGGAGAAUACCUUGUAUAAUGUUUAUAUGCCGGGCAGGCGACGAUUCAAAACCCAAAAAGUAGCUAGGACCCUAAGUGUAUGAUUGUGGCCAUGUCUGACUGAGUACGUGUUAAUGUUUUUCUAGUUGAGUGUGUGUGCGCCAAUGUGUGAUAGAGCUUAUUAAUGAAAUGCAGCCGUAAAUCGUUUCUCGAAACAAGAAUUCAAUAAAACUUUUAUUUUGUAUAUUAAAUAAAA